AUGCCUGAGCCUCCUUAUCCCCUGCACCCCUCGGUCGUCGACCGCAUCAACCCAGAGUACAAGGACUUUUACAACAAAUUUGUUUUUGACAAGCAAGUCGUCCACCACCAACCUAUCUCAGCGUCUCGUGCAAGCGGGACCCUAAUUCCAGGCGCCGGCCCCAAGCUCGAGGUCGCGAGCUCAGAAGACUUUACCAUUCCGAGGAAAGAGACGAGAGGGCCGGAUAUCCUCCUGCGAGCUUUCACGCCCUUGGGAGAGAGACCCGCCAAGGGAUGGCCGCUGUGCUUUUGGUUUCACGGCGGCGGUUGGGUUCUGGGCAACAUUGACACGGAGAAUGUCAUCGCCACGCACCUCUGCAAUCGGGCGAAAUGCGUCGUGAUUUGCGUAGACUAUAGACUCGCACCAGAGAAUCCCUUCCCUGCAGCCGUCGACGACUGCUGGGAAUCCGUGCUCUGGGCCCUCUCCGCGACCGGCGCCGAGAAGCUCAACCUCGACACCACGCGCAUCGCCAUCGGAGGCUCAUCAGCGGGCGCCAACCUCACAGCCAUCGUAUGCCAGCGCGCAACGAAGCAACCAGCGUUCCCGCCCGUGGCAGCGCAGCUGCUCUCCGUUCCGGUCGCCGACAACACCGCCACGGCCGACUCGACAAAGGCGGAGCACGCGUCGUGGAGGGAGAAUGAGUUCACGCCCGCGCUGCCGGCGGAGAAGAUGAUGUGGUACCGCUACCAUUAUCUGCCGGACAAGGCGACCUGGGCGCACCCGGAGGCGAGUCCGCUGUUGUGGGAGGGCGAGUGGUCGAAGCUGCCCCCGGCGGUGGUGGUUGUUGGUGAGCUCGAUGUUUUGCGGAGCGAGGGCGAGGCUAUUGGGAAGAAGCUCCAGGAUGCGGGUGUGCAGACGGAUGUGCAUAUUAUGAAGGGGCAGCCGCAUCCCUUUAUUGCCAUGGAUGAGGCGUUGGAAGAUGGGAGGAGAGCUAUCACGUACUUCUGCGAUAAGCUUGUAGAGUUGUUGUAG